UUUUCUGGGAAGCAAGGCAGCCAGAGAGGGAGGAGGGGAGGAAAGGAGAAAAGAGGGAGGAGGGGAGGGAAGGAGAAGAGAGGAAGGGGAGGAAAGGAGAAGAAAGGGGGAAGGAGGGAUGUGUCCUAAUGGCAAAAAACUUUUUUUUCCUUCUGUGCCGGUCAGAGAAACCUCCAGUCUAAAAUCUGAAACUGUAGAAGUUACUGGAGGAGGUGAGGCAGGCACGUUUUCCCUCUUGUUCUCUCAGUCCAUUUUCCUCUCUCAAUCAUCCACAGUUCCAGAGGAGCCUUUUCUGUGUGACCACUUCUGUAGGAGGUCCUACAGGAGAUGACGUUCCUCAUGGCACUUCAUCUGAUUAGUCUUUCUGUGAUGCUCUGGUCCAGCAGUCCCAGUCUGGCCACACCCCUCCCUUUCAACAUUUCCUUGGAGGGCAGUGCAGAGGGGGAGGAGCUGGGCAGCCUCAUCCCCACCCCUUCCUCACCUACCACCAGUGGCCCAGCCUCAGAGUCCCCAACCACCUCAGAUGGCUCCACUCACAUAGAGCACUUCCUGCUCAGCCAGAUGGUUCACUUCUUGCAGGAGAACAUGCUCCUCAUCCUUGUUGCCUCGAUCCUCUUCAUCACCAUCUUCCUCAUCCUCUGCUGUGCUUGCAUCAUGAGCCGCAAGCGGAAGGUCAAUGCCUACUACCCCUCGUCCUUCCCCUCUAAGAUGUACGUAGACCAGAGGGACAAGACCGGAGGUACCAAGCUCUUCAACGAGGUGCCAGAGAAACCCUCCAAUGGGCAGCAGGCUGAACCAGUUGACUCAAGCAAGCAGCUCCAACAAGACAUCAUGAGGGCAGCCAAGAACCUCCGCACUCCCUCCAAACCUCCCCUGGGUGAGCGAGAGGGAAACAACCCCACACAGAUAGCAGCAGCUGCAGAGAAAAGUCCUGAUGUGACUGUUCAGGCUGAGGGAGAAAUCAUAGAGAAAGACAACGAGCCAUCAAAUGCACCUGAGCAGAGCGAGGAGGAGGUAUGCCAGCUCUCAGACAGUGAGGCCCAACACCGCAGCUGCCCCAAGCAGCCAGAGAUCCUUCCAGGACAGAUAGGCCUAACAGAGGAUGACGAGUCACUCACAAGAGCUGAGCUUCCAUCUGGCCAAGGGCACUCGCAAGCCAAGCAGGAAGGGGAUAGGCAGGAGAACUCCACUGUCACGCAGUCUAUUCCGUUGAUCACUGGGGAGAAAACAGCAUUUUAACUAUGUUGGACAGUGGACCAGUGGAGGCUGGUGGAAGGAGGAGCUAUAGCAGGACAGGCUCAUUGUUAUGGCUGGAAUGGAAUCAACGGAACAGAGUCAAAUAUGUGGUUUACAUAUGUUUGAUCUCGUUCCAUUUAUUCCAUUCCAGCCAUUACAAUGAGCCCAUCCUCCUAUAUCUCAUCCCACCAGCCUCCACUGCAUUGGACAAUAUGUUUGAGCUCAAUGGUUUGGACGCUUUUGCAUGAGUGACAUCUUUAAGGCAAAGCCAUACCAAAUGUCUAUUCAGUUGUAUGUAAUCAUAUAUUUGUUUCCCAGUAGCCAUCUUUCCAUGUCGCUCCCUAAAGGGUAUAUGAUGUAACCUGAGCAUACACCCAUAGACGCUGUAGUCUAGUGUUGUUUGUAUUUGUACAAUGGCCAAAGUAAUGGUACUGCCUUUUAUUUCUCUCUUCCACUCAUUGGUAGAGAUCAUUUUUUAGGGCAACAUGAGAUUGCUUUCUCUUUUUAUUUAACUAGGCAAGUCAGUUAAGAACAAAUUCGUAUAUACAAUGACGGCCUAGGAACAGUGGGUUAACUGCCUUGUUCAGGGGUAGAACGACAGAUUUUUACCUUGUCAGGUCGGGGAUUCGACCUAGCAAUCUUUCAGUUACUGGCCCAACGCUCUAACCACUAGGCUACCUGCCACCCCUUGAACAAAUAUGGAGGGGAAGUUCACCAUGAGCACAUCAUGGUGCAGCAUCUGCAACAACUUGAACUUAGCAUGUUUCCUACAUUAAGGGAAGUAUUUUUGCAUUAUAAAACCUGUUUAUCGUUUGGUUAGUCAAAUGUUUAUCCCUUCGCUUUAAACAUUUCCAUUAAAGGGUCAAUCCGGAGUUCUAACAAUAACAAAGCAGGCACCCAGCCACUUGUUUCAGUAAACAGCUGAGGGAUGGGGCUUAAGAAACACAACGACUCUCAAAGUCAUAGAGCUAUGGAUGCAAGGACUGAGCAUCCAUGAGAUCAAACUGAUUGUGAACCAUGUUUUGAAGCUAUAGUGUUCGUUUACACUAACUUUGUUCACAAACAUUGAAGUAAAACAAACUUCUAGUUGGGGUUCUGAAUGGGUACGACAGAUUAAGCUCAUGAAGCAUUUAAGUUAGUCGUCAAGAAUCAAUGCCUACAUAAGUAUUUUAACAGUCAAAGAAAUGUGAAGCAACUGCAGAUUGUUGUCCCUUAAAGGGCCAGUUGCUCAGCUGCAGACCCAGGUCCUGGGUCAGAAGUUGGGAAAGCAUCCAAGUGUCUGUUCUACUUGUACAAUACAGGCUGGUUAGUCCGGUGUGGUUGAAAACAUGCACACUCCAAAAUGUUUGUAGAGGUGCCGACUUUCCUUCCAUAAUUGUACAUUGGUUAAAUAAAGUAGAUUUUAUGAAGACAGUAAGAAACAGCAGCAUUCUAAAAUGUGUUGUGUAUUUGGGUAGGUAACGAUAAAAGCAGAACCAUUUA